UUGAUUUGAUAAAAAAGAAAAGUGAGCACGUAGUUGUCAUUUGCCAUUUUUCUUGUAAAUUCACCUCUUUCCUUAGUCUAUCUAUCCUCCCUUCCCCAACAUUGAUUUUGUUUGAUGAUUGUUGGGUUUUGAAAGAAGAGCAAUGAGCAAUUAUGCAGCCGGACUCGGUAAGCCUGGCUCAGGUAAAAGGAGAAUCAGAGAUCUUUUAAAUCAACCUGAUAACCGAGUCUGCGCUGAUUGUGGCGCUUCUGAUCCUAAAUGGGCAUCAGCAAAUAUCGGGGUAUUCAUUUGCUUAAAAUGUUGCGGUGUGCACAGAAGCCUCGGCACUCAUAUCUCAAAGGUUUUGUCUGUGACACUUGAUGAAUGGUCAGAUGAGGAAGUCGAUUCCAUGAUUGAAAUUGGAGGAAAUGCGUCUGCUAAUUCAAUUUACGAAGCUUUUGUACCUGACACAUGCUCUAAGCCUGGACCUGAUGUUAGUCAUGACCAGCGUAUGAGAUUCAUUAGGGCAAAAUAUGAACUGCAAGAGUUUCUGAAGCCAAGCUUGCGGAUUACAUCCGGGAAAUGCUCAACAAAGAGUUCAGCUUUUCUUACAUCAAGUCUUUCUAGAAAGAUCAUGGAUAGUUUUCGCACAAAUUCAUCAUCACAGAAGAUAUUUCAGGAAGGAAUGGUAGAGUUUAUUGGAUUGUUGAAGGUGACUAUUAAGAAAGGUACUAACUUAGCAAUCAGAGACAUGAUGUCAAGUGAUCCAUAUGUUGUGUUGAAUCUAGGGAAGCAAAAACUUCAGACAACUGUUGUGAAUAGUAAUUUGAACCCGGUAUGGAAUCAAGAACUCAUGCUGUCUGUUCCUGAGAGCUAUGGCCCUGUGAAAUUGCAAGUGUAUGAUUAUGAUACAUUUUCUGCUGAUGACAUAAUGGGGGAAGCAGAGAUUGAUAUCCAACCUUUGAUAACAUCUGCAAUGGCUUUUGGGGAUCCAGAAAUGUUUGGGGAUAUGCAGAUUGGGAAAUGGCUAAAAUCGCAUGAUAAUCCACUAAUAGAUGACAGUAUCAUUAACAUUGUUGAUGGGAAAGUGAAACAGGAGGUUCAGAUCAAGCUUCAGAAUGUAGAGUCUGGAGAAUUAGAGCUAGAAAUGGAAUGGCUACCACUUGACCAAUAAGUGUCAAAUAGGGUCUCAUAACCUCUAUAAUGUAUUUUGACUGAUUCAUUCUUUGCUUUUUUUUUUUACUGAAUCUUCACUGGGUGGAAAUUUUCACAACUCUUUUUUGCAUUUUUAUCCUCAUCCCAGAGGAAAAUGUAUGUUGAUGUUUGUAUAACCCAAUGGAUUACUAUGAUGUUUUUGAUUGAUGGAAAAAGGAGAAAUAUCCAUCUUAUGUA